UAGUCCAGCAACAUCCAGGGACCCAAGGCUGAAUUCUAUAUACAAGGAGGGGUAUCCAACCUUUCCUAAGAGAAACAGAAUUGCUAUAUAAAGAGCUGGUGAAUUAUUGCUGUAAGUGGGAGGAAGACCAUCUUUGGCUGGGAGACAAGCUACUUUCUUACCAUGGAGCAGACAGUGUCCAGAAGUCGGUUGGGUUUCAGCCUGUUGAGUGUGACUUUCCUGCUGUGUUUGACAAGUGGAGCCUUUGGGUCUAUAGAUCCAGACAAGCUGAAGGCAAUCAUUGACUACAUCAGAGAGUAUGGCAUUAAAAACAUCCAUUAUGCUGUGGCUAUAAGACUGGAUCAUGCAUACUGCGCAGAACCUACACCAACGAUCUUGGAGACAGUUUUGCCCAGGAGCAAAAUGCAGCAGAUGAAGAAUGCUCUUGACCACAGGAAUGGAAUAUAUGUCCCAAAGCCAAUAGGAGAUGUCAUUGCAGCUAGGCCAAGAUUUACCCGUAGUAAAGAGCACGCGGAAUGGCGCUUGCUGACUGGAGGCCAGAAUAGCCCUGUAGAAAGGAUCCUAUCCAAUAAAGACCAAAAUAGUUGCCUGAUCUUCUUUAGCAAAUUAUCUCCUUGUGUAGAACGUUGCCUCAAUGAGAGUGAUGCGAGAAACAUUGUCCAGAUGGUCAACCCCCUUUUUAACAGAUACAGUGAAGAUUCCAGGGCUUUUGUUUUUGAGACUGUUUACAUGAAGGAUACAGUGAAAGAGCAUGAGGCUGUGGUGGGGGCUUGGGAACACAUCCAGGGUGCCCCCCUAUUCCGGUGCUACAGUAGCAACAGAGGCUGCAUUAAAUGUUUUGAUGACAACCAGUCGGGUGACAGAAACCCCUGCUUAGGCGAUGAGGUAGAGACAGAAAGGUAGUGGGAGAGUAGCUGUGGCACCUGAUAUUUGCCACUUGGCCUCCUGGGCUAUAUAUUGCCCAGAUAAGCAAGGUACCUCCUCCAAUCCCUGACUUAGUUGAUUGAGCAUUGCAUGUUACAUGUUUUCUUUUGUGUUUUUUUUAGUUCUCUGCCAUUCUGUUCAAUAAAUAAUUGUUCAGAGCACACCACAAUAUAUUCUUAUCUUUCUUGCUGCUUCUGGUAUUCCCCUCGCUUUGGAGCACUGGACAGUCAUGAGGACCCACAGUCAGUGGCCUAGCGUGUGUGGGGGGACAAGGGGGGCCAUGGC